GUCUCAAUUGUUAUAAUGUUAAGUAGGAGCUUUUCAUUUGCUGCCUGCUGUGGUUGCUUUGGCUACACAACAAAGCCCAAACAGCCAAGGCCAGUUGGUAGGUCAAACUACCUGGACUUGUUAGAUUUAGAAAUAGAAGAAGAUGAUGGUUGUUCAUAUAAGGAUAAUGAGGCCAGCACUUCUCAUGUCGAUGAGGUUGAGCCUCGAAGCCGUGCCAAGCAUUCUGAAGAGAUUUUAAGGUUCAGGAUCAACAAUGGAUUAAUUUGCAGGCAAUUUGUUGUUAAGGAAACCAAUAAGAUUAUUCGCUCAGAGGAUGAAAAUGGGAAUAAGAUGGUUAAUGAAUAUGUGCGUCAAUACAAGAUUGGUUCUGGUAGCUAUGCAAAAGUGGUUCUAUAUCAAAACAGUGUAGACGGGAAACAAUAUGCUAUUAAGGCCUUUCAUAAGUCUCAUUUGUUAAAACUGAGGGUAGCUCCAUCCGAGACUGCAAUGAAUGAUGUUCUUUGUGAGGUUCUAAUCAUGAAAAUGUUGGAGCAUCCUAAUAUAGUAAAUCUCAUUGAGGUGAUUGAUGACCCAACCACGGAUCAAUUUUACAUGGUUCUUGAAUAUGUGCAAGGAAAAUGUGUUUGUGAAGGUUCUGGUCCUCCUGGAGCCGUGGGAGAAGAUACUGCUAGGAAGUAUUUGCGAGAUAUAGUAUCUGGGCUUAUGUACCUCCAUGCACAUAAUAUUGUUCAUGGAGAUAUAAAACCUGACAAUUUAUUGAUUACUAGCACGGGUGCGGUGAAGAUAGGAGACUUUAGUGUCAGCCAGGUGUUUGAGGAUGACAAUGAUGAGCUUCGUCGUUCUCCGGGGACUCCUGUUUUCACUGCACCUGAGUGCUGUCAAGGCUCUACGUAUGGAGGACAGGCUGCGGAUACAUGGGCCGUGGGAGUUACGUUGUAUUGUAUGAUACUGGGAAAAUUUCCAUUUCUUGGAGACACUCUGCAAGAUACGUAUGAAAAGAUUGUGAAUAACCCCUUGGUUCUGCCAAAUGACAUGAACCCAGAGUUACAGAAUUUAUUACAAGGACUUCUUUGCAAAGACCCAAAAGAAAGGAUGAGUUUAAAAGCUGUAGCAGAGCAUUCCUGGGUUACAGAAAAAGAGGGAUCAAUCCCCCAAUACUGGUGUUGGUGUAAGCAUAAUAAGCACCGGGUGGAAUAAACGUAAUCGGAUUAAUGGUGCUCACCGGUCCGAAGCUAACUACAAUAUCGACCAGUUUUGAUUUUCUUCCUAUAACAUCUGCACCAGAGCCAUCACAUUCAUAAGAAUUAAUAGGUUCAUUUUCGUGCAAGGUGGUGAAUGUGUCACACCCUCUAUCGGAGCUUCAGCAUAUGAAGGUUUAUUUAUUUAUUUAUUUAUUUUU